AUGAACACAAUAAAUCAAUCAAAAGAAGACAUGAUUCCAAGAAAGUCAUGGCCAUGGCUCUUCUUCUUGCUCUCUCAGAAUUAUAUUCUCGUAAUCACAGUUUCAAUAGUCUUUGCAUCACCAGUUAUCGGUGAUGGCGAGUUGUAUUACGACUGUCAGAAAAAUCCAUUGGAAUGCACCUAUGGCAAACGCAAAUAUGAAGCUUCCUCAUCUCCUUCCUGUAGUGACCGCCAUCCAAAUUGUCGUAUAUAUGCUUUGAGAGGGAACUGUAUACGGCAUUUUCAGUGGAUGGAAACCCAGUGUCCACAAUCCUGUGGAAUUUGUCCGACGGUCGAAGAUGCACUGAAAGUCGACCAAAGUACCACACCUCAAUGCAUCGACCAUCACCCUCAGUGCCCCAAAUGGGCUAGCGAACAGGAAUGUUUCAUCAAUCCACCUUUUAUCAAUGGAUUAUGUCCCAUGAGUUGUAUUCGAUGCGUUAAUACCACUGUGCUUGAUCGUUCCAAAGACAACACGAUAGAAUCAUCAAGUAAAGGAGACAAUGGCGACUUGUCAAAUGCCCAAAUACAAGCUCGGAUACGAUAUUCUCAAACCGAUUUUGGAGAUUGGCAAACCAUACCUCGGGACGAUCUCAACUUGGUUCCAGUCAUUAUGGAAAUUCUAUUUGACAUGGGAGAAUAUGCUAAAGAACUUUUGGAGGAAGAAGAGGAACGGAUACGACAAGUCCAAGAAGUAGAAUCAUCAGCAGAAAUCGACAAACGAAGAGAACUUAUCGGUCACAAUGGUCAUCCUCUGCUGGGCCCCAGUACCGUUUGCAACAAUAUGCGUCACGAUUGUGCCACACUAGUAGCUCAACACGGUUGUCAUGGUCCCUACUUGGAAUUGAUGAUGCAAGAGUGUUCCUUUGCAUGUCAAUUCUGUCAUGAGACGGAUACCUAUCAUCAGUGCCGCUCGUCGUCGUCGUCGUCGUCGUCUACCACGAGCAGCGCUGGUGAUAAAAAAGUAUCGUUGGAGAGUACCAUUUCCUCCAACAGUUGGAACUAUCACUUUUGGGAGCACCUAUCCACCAAACAUGGGGCGGUCAAUUUGGCACCAGCCCCAAUGAGGACAACAAAAUUCCAAUCUGAAUGGGUAUUGUCCUUAGAUUAUGCGUCAGUUUGGAAGGAUGAUAAAGCGGCUCGCCGACAACGAAAAGAGCUGUUGAAAGUCGCAAAAUCUGCCUUUGAAGACAAUGAAGAAGCAUCUUGUACGGAACGAACCUUCCAGCACACAGGACGAAGGAGAAGAAAACAAGGUAGUAUUGAAAAUGAAAAUGAAGGCAGAAUUGCGACUUGCAAUGGGCCCAUGAAUCCUACAAGUAAUAUUGAUGGCAAUAUUGAUGCUGCAAAAACCAGCACCAGCCCCUCUUCGCUGUCUUCCUCUUGUCAAGAAUUGGAACAAGGAAUCGCACGCUUAUUGGGAAUUGGACCAGAGUACUUGGAACCUUUGGAAUUUUUACUUUUUACAAGCAAUAACAAAGCGCGGCAAGUCCCAAUGUCUGAUUUUGACAAUCACGAUCAGUGGAGACCGAGUGGACAUGUGCUAUUGACCGUACUACUAGUCUUGCAGCCUGCCAAAAAGGGAGGAGCGAUUGGAUUUCCCGAUUUGGAUUGGUUAAUGGUGACAGACCCUGCCAUUUUGAUUUGGCCCACUGCUGCCCAAACGCCGACCCAAUCUUCACCACCACCACCACCAACAACAAAAGCAGAGGACCCUCAUCAUUAUCAAGAGAUGGCCAAUAUGGAAUCCGAACUUCUUCCAGUAAUUCAAGGCGAUUUAUAUGCCAUCAAGAUUCGCGUUCGCCAAUAUCCUUACUUUUACAAUCCAGACUGUGAUUAA